AGAAGCUCGGGGUUAAACUGAAAUCGCAAACAUUUUUCCCCUGACCUCUUCGUCUUUGUAAACUCUCCCCCUCCGACACACCCUCCCUCUCUCUCACUAAAUCUCUGUCACCCUCCCUCUUGCCCUCUUACCCUCUCGCCCCCUCGCACUCUCUAUUCCUCCUCCGACAAACCCUCACCACCACACACCCAUCUCCAGUGCUCCAGAGUCCCGUACCUAGGCCCACAAUCCAGUCCACCCAUCUCUGCUGCUAACAAGAUGUCAAACCUUAUUAGAAGUCGUAAGGCGGUGAUGACUGCACCCCGUUCAAUUCCCCCGCCUCCUCCGUCAGCUGCCACAGCUUUAGCAGAAAUGGACCACAGCCUGGUUGAUCCGGUUGGUCCCGGGGUAUCCCAGGCACCGAUGUCAUCAGCCUCAUCAGUGGUGUUACCUGUUAGCGCCAAGCGUGGUCACCGCCGCCCCUGCACACCUAACACGACUUCAGCAUCCACUACUAAUGCCUCGGGAUCACAACAAGGAAAAAUACCCGGGGACCUUGUCGCCAGUUAAAGACAGCUAAGGUCACCCGGGUGACCAACGGACGUAUCACGAUCGGAUACGAUGACGGGCAUCAGACUGCACCUACGAUGGAGCAGCAUAGUGCAUUGGCCCACGACAUUGGUCAUGUUGUUUGAACCUUAUGCCUUAUGCAAUGGAAGUCUUCGAAGGUGAUGCCAAACGGGUGAGGACGAAGGUGCGCUCAUAUUUGUUGACGAACUACAAUUUCGACGACAUCAACCACAAUAUGUUGGCCUACGUCAACAAGCUCUUCACUGAAUGGUACAAACAAUGGAAGAGCGACCUACACCAAUAUUUUGAGACAUUUGAUGAUUCGCAAGUUACUCUUGAGGAGGGUUGCCCGAAGGAGUUUGAUGACUGGGAAGAAAAUUGGAAGAAGGCAAAAGCCAACAAGAUCAAUUGGGGGAAGAAGACUCUUCUCCACCAUUCAGGUUCGAGGCCCUUCUCAUAUAGGAUGGAGGCGCAGCGGCAGGGAGGUUCAAAUUUUCCCGAGAUCGAUGUCUUUGGAUACGUUUAUGUUCAACCCAAGGAUGAGCUGGCCGAGUACCUUCAUACGACGAUGAUGGAGAAAAGGCGGUUGGUUCUUCAGGAAGUCGACUCCCAACUUCUUCCCAAGACUCCGCUCGAGUCUGGGGAUCCCCCCGAGGAUGCAGGGUUCCUGAUCGUUACAGAGACCUUAGAUUCAAUUCUCAGGUGGAGGCCGGGGAUGUAUUGUAGGGCAAUGGGGAAUGCUCGACGCCAGGAACCUAGAGCCUCUUUCUCAUCGCAGUUGAAGAGCGAGAUGGCAGCUUUGACAGCAGAGGUGGUCGACCUUAAGAUUGAGCUCGCCUUGUAUAAGAUGAAGAUGUCACUAAUCGUACAGGCCAUCAGUCAUUCCAGCAUUUGUCUUUCAGAUUUGUGUCUUCCAUCGACGUCUAAGCCCUUCCAACCCGAGUAUGCCUAGAACUCUGCCCCUUCGACCUCUGAGCCUUUCACCAACCCUGAGACCUUCUUGCCUCGAGAUUUCCAACCGCAUGCGAAUGAUGACCCUAUGGAUUACUCCACAUUAUUUUCUUAGUUUUUUUACUCCCUUACUUAUUAAACAUUUUCCUUGUACAUACAUUUUUUAAUUAUUUAAAUAAAUUAAUUUUCUCUUCA